GAUUCUAUGCGAUUCACGAAGCCGGACGCGUUGCCGUAACGUAUCGGCUAGAAUUUCUUAAUAUAGAAAGUAAACUUUGUCAUACAUUUAAUAAUUUUUUCGCGUAAUUGUGCAAUUUUCUACAACGAGUUGCAAGAUUUACCAGUAAACUGUGAAUGCAAAAUUUAUAUAAUUAAAACAAAUAAUAAAGCCUAAAUAACAGUAGCUUAAAGUGUUAACAACAGUGUCAACAAUUUGCCGACUGUCUUUGAGCUGUAAAACAAGAUGUGCCAGACAACAUUAAAGUUAUGCUGUAAGUUCCUCAUGUUGUUGCUGCUGCUGCUGGCAUGCUCCAUGGAGCGUGUGACAUCACAGCGUACCUCACUGGAUGUGCUGCUGAAGAAUGCCUACAGGCCAUUACGUCUGCUCGGACUGGCCUUCACCGGUCGCAGUGGCGAUGAACCGACAAAUGUACAGCGAGUGCAGCGGGCGGGGAAAACGCAAAAAUCGAAUCCACGCACGCGCUCCUUGCUGGAAUUCUGUGAUGCUGAGCAUGGACCAGGCAGACGCAGCGCUGAGCGUCCCACAAGCGUGCAUCGCUUGCGUCCCGGCGACAUCGACAUCAUUGGAGCCAUGGGCGACUCGCUAACCGCUGGCAACGGCAUCUUUGCCAGCAAUCUGGUGCAUGUGACCGUUGAGAAUCGUGGCGUAGUGUGGUCCAUAGGUGGUCAGGACAAUUGGCGCAAGUAUCUAACGCUGCCCAACAUACUAAAGGAGUUCAAUCCGCAUCUGUAUGGCUAUUCGCUUAAGGAUGGUCUCUCCACAGAUCGCAGCUCGCGCUUCAAUGUCGCUGAGCUGGCAGCCAUGUCCAGAGACAUGCCCUACAUGGCCAAGGUGCUGGUCAAGCGCAUGCAACGUGAUCCGCAUGUCAAUAUGACGCACGACUGGAAGCUGAUUACUUUGUUCAUAGGCAACAAUGACUUCUGUGCCGACUUAUGCUACUAUGCCGAGCCAGAGUUAACGGUAAAGUGGCAUGAACAGAACAUGCUGAGCACCUAUCGCUAUCUGCGAGAUCAUAUACCGCGUCUGAUGCUCAACGUCGUACCAGCGCCCAAUCUGCGCUUUCUUACGAAUCUCUCGGGGCUGCCGCCUUUGUGCUACAGCACGCUGCGCUUUGAGUGUCUUGGCCUGGGCAAGCAGCAGCAGCAGCUGGACUACUAUGAGCGUAUUAUGAAAAGCUGGAUAGCCAAGGACUAUGAGCUGGCCAACAGAACGGAGUUCAAUACAGAUACCUUUACCAUCAAUAUACAGCCCUUCUCGCAGUUCGAGGACUUUCCGCGCACACGCUCCGGUCAAACAGAUACGCGCUUCUUUUCCGAAGACUGCUUUCAUCUGAGCCAGCGUGGUCAUGCCUCCGCCGCCAAUGCCAUUUGGAACAACAUGCUGGAGCUGCCGGGCGAGAAGAGCGGCUUCAAUACGCAGCUCUUUGAAAAGUUCAACUGCCCCACCACGGCGCGUCCGUUUCUGAUCACACGCGUGAAUAGUCGUGCGGAUUUUGUGGUCUAAACAAAGACUGCCAAUGUAUCCUUCGGGACCUUGCUGCGCCACGAACUGCUUACCUGCAUAUGGACAUGGAUGUCCUUGUUCGCCCUGUGGCAAAUAGGCUCAAAAGGACUGGAUGGUGCUGAAUUGUAG